AUGGAUUAUUUCAAUGCGAAUCUGGACGUCCUUUCGAUCGACCAGUAUAGCCCAUGGAUGACGUCUCGGUUGAACAGUUCGCCAUCAGAAGCGGAUCUCGGGACACAGAGCCAACCGUCACUAAGUCCUGCUUCAAGCAGUAAUGGCAACUAUGUGCUUCACAGCCAGAUCAUUCUCUCGUUCAUGGACGCUGAGCUGUGGGAUGAGGGUGUCUUAGCUAAGGCGAAGGACACGGAAGUAGAUAUCGUCAUCUCUCCUCGCGACUUCUGGGAUCUAGACCUACAGGACAAAAUCAACAAGCUUGUCGAGAACAAUCGCGUGUCUCAUCCAGCUGCUCGAGUUCAUGAGACUAGCCUAGUUGUUUCAGUGAAUAAGAACCAUGAGUUUGACCUGGCGAAGCGGGCUGAAGAACUCAAGAUCAACCGGCGGUAG